CGCAAUGCACGGUUCAUUACAUGAGCCCAGUGUUGUGCUAAGCUUGUACAGGUGUUGUUCAAGGGAUUGUAGGGCACAGUAAGCCUGCCUCCUCCUCCGGUCCUCACUCCUCAUCCUCUUGCUCCCUCCUCAAUCAUACUUUCGAAGCAAGAAACCCAAAUGAUUCCAGCUGCUCCCUCACAAAAGAGCACUUCUCAUCGACUGAGAAGUCACUCUAUUUAACACAAGAAAUUCCCCAAGUUAGAAGCCACCCGGGGACAACUGCGGCUGUUUUAUCAUCACAACCCGUGUUAAACGCACCUUCCUCCUGUGUGAUAAAGGGGCUCUUGUGACUCUGUUGAGCCGUCAUGUGUGCGCUGCUGCCGGCGUGGACGUGUCUUCUCUUCGGCCUCCUGCCCCUGGAAAUCCAGACUCGGGCGCAAUUAAGCCAGAAUGUCCAGAGUACCAGACACAGACCAUCCAAAUGUUUCAAACACAUGGCACUGCCUACGUCCGAUUACGCCAUCGCCCUUGAUGACACCGUCACCCUGGCAGAGAAUCGUUUUAUCUGGCGGGUUCUCAGAACGAAGGAACCCUCGCCGAGGUGGUUUGAAAUGGAGCAGGAAGCAUGGCCAAGCGCACGGGGUAGGUCCCGAGGACGUCGCCACGCCAAAAGUCGAAGGACCCACAGGCAGAUGAUGAGGGCGGGCUGUGUCCUGGGCACCUGUCAGGUGCAGAACCUCAGCCAUCGUCUCUAUCAGCUGAUUGGACGCAGAGGCAGGCAUGACUCCUCCCCCAUCGACCCUCGUAGUCCUCAUAGCUACGGCUGAGACUUGCAGUUUGUCUGUUUGGGAUUUCAUUCGUCAUCAUAGACCUGCUGUCCAUUUUAAGUGACCUUAAUUUGACCUCAUACUCUUCAAUGCACAUGUCCAACUGCGCAGCGUAGCGGUACUUGAUGCUGAAUUUGUUGUUCUCUAACAAGAAACUGAAUGGCAAAAUUCACAACCGGCGUUCGAUCGUUGGUCAAUCCAAAUCCUGAUUCUAUGAGAAUUUUA